AUGUCUUUGGCGCUCGCACGGAAGCUUCCUACGUCCAGACUUGGUCCGUUGGCUCGGCAAGCCUUGAGACCUGCCUCGGUGUCGCAGACUAGACUAUUGGCCUCACAGUCUGUCCACCGGGCUGUAAUCAAUACCUCGAAGGCGCAAGGAGUUCAUAUACAUCCAUCUUCAAGGAAAUUUUACACCACACAGCCCAAGAUGGCUAGUACCCCAACAGAGCUGAAGCAAACACUCACCCCUUCGCUCCUCGAGGACAUCCGAACAUUCUGGUUCGACCACCUAAGCGAUGAAAAGUCCCUGAUCCUCCCAGGUCAGAGCGAAAUGAAACGCUGGUUCGCCACAGAUGCAGACUUUGACAAAGCUUGCGUCGCCCAAUUCCAACCAGCCCUGGAAGCAAUCAUCAGCUCAGGCGCAACGGCUACAGACAUCCUAUCAACAGUGGACACAAAGAACCCUCUGACCUGGCUAAGCCUCCUACUCCUCCUAGACCAGGUCCCGAGAAACUGCUACCGAGGUCCGGAAUCCAAAACGGUAUUCACGAGCUUUGAUCCCUUGGCCUGCGAGAUAGCCAUCAAAGCGAUCUCACUUGGGAUUCCAGUUCAGAAUCCAAUCAGGUACAGACUUUCUUAUCGAUUCUGGUUCCAAAUGCCUCUCAUGCAUUCUGAGGAUGUGGGCGUGCACUAUCAGGCUGUGAAAGUGCAUGAGGAGACGGCGAGAGAUAUGGAGGCGUUUUUGAAGGCUGAAAGAGGUUCCUUGGAUGAGGAUGAGAGGGAAUGUUUUGAUGUUCUAUUUCAGAAGAGGGAUUUGAUGAAGGGGUGGUUAGAUAAUACCUUGGACUUUGAGAAGAGGCAUUUGGUUAUUGUUGAGCAGUUUGGAAGGUAUCCGCAUCGUAAUGCGGCGCUUGGGAGGGUUUCUACCGAGGAUGAGGUUAAUUACUUGGACAAUGGGGGCGAAACUUUUGGGUAA